AAAAACAGUAUGCCUCAUGUCUAUGCGGGAAAAAAUCUAUAUCCUUAUUCGUGGACCCCUCGACCAUGACCGUAACCGUCCUAAUCAAAUUCCAAUUAAUCAUUGUAAGAAUGCCUUCACCUACAAAAAUAGAUCUACCCCGUGUGAAGACUUUUCACACCUUACAGGGAUUCCGGAGUAGAACUGCGACCUCAUUCUAGUUCAGAGUGUCCUUCGGAACGGUUUCACGUAAAAAGUUUUGCCAAAAUUCGUGAAAUCCGUAUUUUACAUAUUCAAGCUCAGUUGUUGCCGCAUUCCGUAAAAAGUUUUGAAAGUUACCGACCCAAUAUUUUCGGCAUGUGACAUACUUUCACGAGUGUCUGCAAACUGUUUAACUGCAAAAGCAGCCUAUUUCAUGCCAGGCGUGCUUUAAAGUUCUAAUUUUCGGAACAAGUUUGGCGUAGUUGUAGCGGGCACACCCCAAGCAGGCCGAAAAAGUUUUAAAUUACUUUGGUGUGCAUUUUUCAAGAAGAAGCGACAGCCGCUAAGCAUGGCCAGCUAUUCUCUUCCGCCCAGCAAGGAAAACCUCGAAAAGGACGACGACGACGACGGUCUGGAACACGUGAUGCCGCCCGAUAUCGGUGCCAGAUCUCGACGAGGCAUUCAUUUCGACUACAGUGGCAGUGUUGCCAGUCAACGACAAACAAUACCCCUCAGUCGCCGCGACCACCCCGUAUCAUCAUGCCCUCUGCCGCUUGGCAACCACAACAACAUCCAGCGAUCAUUGGACCUGCUGAGGCACUUUGUCGCCCAGGAACGGCGCAUGUCGGGCCGCAGGGACGUUAAGGUGGUGUUCAUAGAAGUUAGCGAACUGUGCUGCGCUACCAAGGUGAAUGAUAAACAAAUUAUCUUCUGUAACAACUUCCGACGACGACCACGGUGGCAGGACGAAGACGAGCCUCCUGGUAGCACGAGCCCUCGUAGUUGGCCGUCGUCAGUUCCUCGUCGUUUGUCAACCGGUGCGGAUGCGGAAGCAGGUUGUUUUCGGAUAGUGGCAGCGGUAGCGGUCGAUAGUAGUAAUUUGUUGGAUUUUCUGCUGAUUGAUGAGCCAUCAUCUUCUGUGAUCGGGAGCCAAACUUCGUCAAAGUUGGAACCGGAACCGGGAGUGAGAGAAGGCGGGUUGUACAAGCUUGCAGGUAGCGGUCCGGCUGCCGCCUGGAGUGAUUGCAGUGACGAUUCCGGAAGUGUACGGCUAGUGUUGGGCAGUGCUGGUGGUGAAAGUGCUACUGAAGGAAGCACCAGGAAGGGAACACGGAAAAAUCAAGGAUUAUCGCCGAGGGUGAAUUUUAGACGAGCCACGCUUGGAAGCGAUUACUUCGAGCAGUUUUGUGUAAAGUGUCGAAUCUAUCUGUUGGAAAACUUUCAGAAGUUUCGGAGUAACUUUUCGAUUAUGUCACGCUUGAGCGGCAAGGAAUGCGCGCCUAGCAUAGCCUCGCGCCAUCUGGGUGAAGGUGGAGGUGGUGCCGGGAGUGGAACUUCCGGUGAUCGCAAGAAGGGACCAUUUUCACGCCCAUUCAGCAAGUCACGUCUGGAGCCGUCGAUUAGUGGCGGUGCUGGAUCCGGCAGAAUGUCGAGCCCAUCUCCGACGGACACCAGUGCCCUGAUGCGGCAGAACAACGAGUUGCGCCAACGCUUACAAGAAGAAGCAAGCACCUACCGGCGCAGGUUGGAAACGUACAAGCAAGCACAAAACAACCAGGCCGCUCUGGUCAGCCGACUGCAGGCGAAGGUUCUCCAGUACAAGCAGCGCUGCAGUGAACUGGAGCAAACUCCCACCUCCAGUACAUGUCCAAGCUACAACGCCAGGGAUCAUUCACCGGGACGGCAUCACGGGCCACAAUCCGGAGGACAAAUUUGUCCUUCAGUGGGUGGCGCUCCGCUGAGUUUACCGCCGUGCCCGGUAGCGCGCGAGCGAUCGCGAUCCCGCUCCCGAUCGCAGUCGCCGUGUCGCAAGUACGCCGACGGAAGUCACGAUGAAGUCCGCCAUCAACUUGACGAGGAACGACGAAGAUGCGAAAAACUACUGGUCGAGAACUCCUGCCUGCGACAGCAGUUGGAGGAGUCCCAUCGAACCAACGAAGCACUAACCAAUGAUCUCCAGAAGCUUACCGCCGAUUGGGAAAGCUUGCGGGACGAACUACUGAACAAGGAGGACGAGUGGAAGGAGGAGGAACAGGCGUUCAACGAUUACUACAACAACGAGCACACGCGGCUGCUGAAAAUGUGGCGCGAAGUGGUCAACGUGAAGCGCAUGUUCAAGGAGAUGAUGUCCACUACCAAAGUGGAGCUGGGCCGAAUGCAGCUGGAAUUGACGGGCACUGGGCGCGAAGUGGUCGGUGCCUGCAGUGGCGUUUCCGUCAAUCUGAAGCAAACUUCGAAAAUUGAGGAAGCCCAACAGAUGCAUAUCGAGCGGGAAAACAUGGACCUCAAAUCGCAGCUCAGCGAUCUCCGGGGCCAGCACGAAAGCGCUAAGAUGGAUAUUGCUCAGCGUGAUCAGCGCCUGCAGCAGAUGCUUCAGGAUCUGAAACUUAUGGAGGAACGUUACGUUCAGGUGGAGAGCCAAGCUGGUCAGACGCAGCGACUCAAUGAUGAGCUGGAACGCUUGCAGGGUGCCUUGCGGGAUAUCGCGCACGCUGUUGUGCAGGAUGCAGAAACGACGGCCACUACAGAAUCCGAGACGACGGCACAUCAUCUGCAUCUUUCGCAGUCAAGUGGCAUGCCGGCGCCGCCGCGAUCUCCCAAACGGGGCGCCAUCCGUACAUCGCAAGCAUUCGCAGAGGGAACCAUCUCGGCGGUUCAAGCUGCCUUGCACAAGUACCAACUGGCCAUACAUGACCUGCAGGUUAAACUGCAGUCUAAUACGGAUGCCCUGGCGGCUACCCGAAAGCAGUUCGAAAAUUGCGAGCACACCCGGGACGUUUUGUCGGGGAAGGUUGGUGAGCUAACCGAAAAACUGGACUCGGCCAAUCAUCAACUGUCGGAGUUGUACAAAGAGCGGGAUAGCCUGCAGAAGACGUUAGAUGGCCUCCGGACCGACAAACACAGCGUCGAAAGAGGAAAAGCCGAGCUGAACUCGAUUGUGGACAGUUUGAAUACCGACUACGAGAAGCUGCAGAAUGUGAACAGCAAGUUGCAGAAGAUGUACGACUCACUGGAGGAGGAGAAAAAGAUGCUGGAAAGUGAGCUGCAGCGAGUGCAAAAGGACAAGGACAUCCAGGAGAUGAGUUUAAGAGCCGAGGAGGAACGUUCGAGCAGAUUACGCGAGGAAACCAUCACCCUGCGAGAGGAGCUGAACAAGCUGUACCUAUCGCGAGACCUGCUCGAGCAACAGCGGCUUGAAUCGGACGGGUUGCUCAACAUGAUAGAGAAGCAGAAAAUCGAACUCGAAUACGAGCUGGAUCGAAUCAUCAACGAAAAAGAUGGGCUGCAUAUGACACUGGAGAAGAAGAGCUCCUCCAACGACCACCUGGAGGUGGAAAUCAAACAGCUGAAGACGGCGGUUCUGCAGCUGGAGGAUGAACGGAACAAACUAAAGACCCAGGUGUCCGACCAGGGAGUGGAUCUGGCGGCACUGAAAAAGGAGCUGAUAUCCGCCGAACAGGCCCGGCUGGACUUGGACUCGGAAAAGUUGGCCAUCAGCGAGCGGUUGAAAUGCCUGGAGAUGGAGAAGGACAAAGUGGAGCAGGAUUUGAGCUGUGUGGCGCGCGAGCGGAACGACUUGAGCAACCAGCUUGCGGCGAUUUCCCGCAAAAAGGAAACCAUCGGUGAGGAGGUGAUGCGCUUGCGGCAACGGCUGGAGCAGUCCAACGAAAUGAAUGCCCGCCUCAAUCGGAACCUGGAGGAACUGGUGAAGGAAAACGAAGAGAAAGCGGUGGUAAUCGAAGGGCACGAGAAGGAACUCCAGCGAUUACAGGAACAACUGGCUUCGCUUCGCAGUGAAAAGGAUUCCCUCGAGGCGGUGCUGUUCGACACGAACACCUCGCUCGAGGAAGCCGAAGCGCGGAAGGAUGCCCUCGAGCGAGAAAACCAAGAUCUACUAAUCAAACAGGAAUCACACAAGGCCUUGAUAGGUCGACUGAACAAGGAUUUGGAAAAUACUGAACGCCGGGCGCAGGACAUUAAAAUCCAGCUGACCAAUGCGGCCGCCAAUCAGGAGGCCGAGUUUCUGCAAAAAUUAUCCAACUUGCGUACCUUCGGCGAGGAAAAUAUCAAAAAGUUGAACGAAGAGAAGGAGGCAAUUCGCAACUCGUUGGAGAAGCGGAUGCAUCAAGCUCUGCAAGCAUUGGAAAAUGGCAAAGACGCAGAAAUUCAAACAUUGAAGGAACAGUUUGAAGCACUGCAGAUGCAUUUGGAGGCGUUGAAUCAACAGCACGAGGAGGUGGUUCUGCGGGCCGAGAAUGAAAAGCAGCAGGCAUUGCUGAUAGCACACCGAGACAAGCAAGCAGUGAUGGAGAAGUUGGAUGUGACCACGAGAGAGCUCAAGCUGGAGCUGGACAACAGUGACCGACUGAAGCGAGAAAUGGCAGCCCGCCAGGAGAAGGAUCGGACAACGAUCGGAUGCUUGAGGGAUGAAAUCGCUAAAAUGCGCACCAAGAUGGAAGAGGCACGGAUUCGCGCGGAAGAGGAGCUGAAUCGACUGGAGGUUGUGCAAGGGGCGCUGCGAGACGAGAAGGACGCAGCACUGAAGGGAGUCGAGGAACUGAAAGUGCAAGUACGAUUGACAGAGGAUCGAUGCGACGGACUUAGUUUGCAGUUGCAGGAUACUUUGCGGAAGUUAAAGGAAGCCGAGAAUUGUAUUGAUGCUACAAGAAAGGAGCUAACUGAUACCCGUCGUACUCUAGCGGAUAGCAACAUUGAGCGGGAUAAAUAUGCCAAUAGCAACAAGGAGUUGCGGGACCACGUUAAACGAGUAGAAGGACAACGUCGUGAACAAGCUCGAUCUAUGGAUGAUGCUUUGCAGAAGAUUGCAGGGUUGGAGGAGUCCCGGAAUCUACUCGAACAGGAAAAGGUUCGGCUGCAGACUAUCCUGAAGGAAACGGAGAACAACAUGACCAAACUGAACAAAGACCUUUCCACUGCCCAAACCGACAUUCAAAAGUUCCAAUCUCAAUCGACACAAAACGAUGCCGCCGAGAAGGAACUGCAGGCUCGUCUGACGAACGAGUCCGAAGAGAAAGAGCGCAUUUUGCAGGAGUUGCAUCAAAUCAAGAAGCAGAUGUCCGAUUUGGAGGGAUCGCUAUGCUCCACACGUCAGGAGUUGGGCCGAGCGCGGUGUAAGGCAAAUCAAGACGAGCAUCGGUUCCACCAGCGAGAGCAAGAGCUGUGCGCUCGCAUCGAGGAGAGUAGAGGCCGUGAAAAGCGACUGGAAGAUCAGAAGCAUAAUUUGGAGGUGUGUUUGGCCGAUGCUACUCAGCAGAUCCAGGAACUCAAGGCACGGCUUGGUGGAUCGGAGGGACGCGUUCGUGCUUUGGAUGAGCAAUUGGUACACUUGGAUGCGAUCAAGAAGGAGACGGAAAACAAACUGAGCUCGAUUGGGCAUACGUUGAGAAGAAUUGCCGGUAUUCAAAUGGAUGGUUCGGUUAGCUUACCGUAUCGUCUGCUUAGUCCAACAAGAAGAUACAGCCCGGCUCGUGGUCGCAGUGAUCGGGAUGAGUUCCGCCACCAUCAUCACCAUCAACAUCACCAUCACCAGCAGGAAACGAGAAGUCUUUCGGGAGACAAUGCAAUAAUAGAUGUCGAUCCGGAAAUGGUACGCAAAGGCGUGCGUACGCUGAUGCAACAGGUUGCACAAAUCGAGCGCGAAAGAGAUGACUUCAAGGUGCAACUAUGUACUGCGAAAAAGCAGCUUCAAGAAGGCGGAGAUAAUCAAAUGCGAUUAGAAGGAAAGAUUUGCAAGCUUCAACAACACAAUCGAGCUAUCCAUGAAGAUAAGACUAACUUGGAAUCGAAGUUAGCACAAAAAACUACUGCGCUGCAAACUACCGAGGAAACACUUAGACAGAAGAGUGAUGAUCUGAACAUAACGCGGGAGAAGGCUGCCCAUUUAGAGCAAUCGCUUAGCAGUACUAGCGAGGAGAAAAAUCAACUAGAAGAACGUUUGGAGAAGUGCAGGCAAAAUGCCUGUCGCUUGGAGUCGGACAAGCGGCAUCUACAAGAUGAGCUGGCUCGCACGGAAGGACGUGCGUCAAAACUAGAACUGCAGCGCGUCGCUCUCGAGGGAGACAUUCAACGUUUGCAGAUGGCGCUCCAAGAAAAAGACUGCACCAUCAGAAAUCUUCAAGAACGCUUGGAGAAUCAUCAAAGAUCGGGAACACAACUAGAAGAUCGCUGUGCUGCUCUGAAGAGUACGGUUGAUCAGCUGAAGGAACGUCUCCAAGCGGCCGCCAUCACAGAAACCGAACUACGCGGUGAAAUAGCCGGAUUACAGCGUCACAACACUGACCAAGGGCACACCUUCGCCUUGGGUCAGGACAAGCUCAAGCAGCUGCAGAAAUCCCUCACCAACAGCGAGAACGAACGUCGGGUACUUUCGGAACGAUUGGACGCCUCGCAACACAGCAUAAACGAGCUCCGACGUAGCCAGCAGGCUACGCAGGAUCAAACGCAGCGUCUGCAAGAGCAGAUAGCCGAAUGCGAAGUGCAGAAGUCGGCCUUGGAGUCGCAACUGCGGCUGGCCAAGUGGAACCAGGAGAAUGCCGAACAGUUUGGCGGUGGAUCUGGUGGAGAUCAGGAUCUCGCAAGGCAGUUGGUUAACUCCCAGCGGGACCGUACUGAGCUGAGAAACAAACUGGAGGCCAUGAAGGAGAAGGUUCGCCAUAUGGAAAACGAGAAGCUUGGACUGGAAAAGAGUGGCAGCAAAUUUGCCGGCCACGUGCAGUUCGAUCGAUCGGAGAAAAGCCUGUUGGGAGAUUCAGGGGAAAUGGACUCUAAUCGGUUGGAAUCGAGUGGUUACUGUGGAAUUGGAUCCGGAGGUGCAAAGUACAGCUGCGGCCUCGAUCAUGCUCAGAUCGAGCAAGAAAGCCGAGAGUUGCGUAUGAAGGUGCGACGCAUGGAGACUUUGCUGGCCGAGAAGGAAGCUGAGUUGGCACGGGCCAAAGCGAAAAUGUUAGAAUCACCGAGCAAAUCUAGCGUGAGUGGAUACGGUGGAGGAGUUGGAACUGCCGGUUCGGAAAUCGAGCGCCAUCGCAAUGCACAGGUACAAGCCGAGCGGCUACUGGACGCCAGAGAGCAGUCCCAUCGGCAGCAGGUGCUUCGGUUAGAGAAUCAGAUCUCGAUGCUGAGAGAGCAGUUGGCCCAAGAGGCCAAGCGUCGUCAGAUGUACAUUCUGAGAAGUUCCCGUGCCGGCAGGGAGAUGCAACAAUUGCGCCAAACGCUUGGCGACUCGUUAAGACAUGUUACGCAGGAGCCGAUAGAUUCUUCGCUGUUGGAAAGCGAAGCGAGACGGCUAGACAGUGCUGUGUCGAUGAGCUUGCCCCCAACCACCGGGAGAGAUUUGGACCGCAGUUUGAGCCCCACGUAUCGCUAAGGUUCGUAUGUUGAUAAUAUCACCACACAUCACAAUCUCUAAAUGGCGCAUUCAAAACUUUCACAGAAACAUGCAUGUUGUUGGAAACUUCGGUUUAUCGAAGAAUAUGUAAACGAAUUCAUUGGCACAAAAGCGGAAUGUCAGUUUUUUAACAUCGUGUUUAGCAUAGCGAUUAUUUUGUAUAUAUUUCGUUUGACAUAAUUACGUAUACCAUGCCUAUAACAACACUAAAGUAUUCGUUCAAUUAUCUUUUUCAACAAUUUUGUUCGACUAUUUCUGUGGCAAUAUGAGGUUAUUUCAUAGAUACCAAGAUUUUCGCAAUUGAGAUUAUUUAUCGAUUUCCCUACUAUUGAAUCAGUUGACGUUUAUAAAAUUCUACCCACAUAUUUGGGCUCAUUCUGCUAACGGAGUGACGUGACAUGAGUCGGAGUCGAAUAUCGAGGUGAGAAAUCUCGACUCGAAUGAAGUGUUUCGCGUUUAGAGAAAUAUUGUUUUAUUUUGCAAUAAACAUGAGAAAGUAAGAGUUCCAAGCAAACGCAGUUAUUAUUCCAAGCAACGUGGAAUUAAUUUGACUUAUACAAAUAACAUUCUUACAAUUCAUGGAAAUGUGUACACUGAGGCAAAAAACCUUAAGAAGAACGUAAGAUCCCCUUAUAUGAUUUGGCGACACUACGAUUACUGUUGAAAGUCAUUAAUUUCACUUAUGAUUAAAGAGGAGAAAAAUUCAUGUCGAGUCACUUACUAAUAUCAUGAGUUUCGCUUAAAAUCAAAAUUAUAAAUUAUGAAUGUCAUGUCCUAAAAGAUAUAAUAUUCGUGUUCUACUCUAUGGUUUUUUAAUGCAUUAAUUCCUUGAUUAAUUCUAUACUAAAUCAUGUCAUGUUUCUUGAAUUACCGCGUGAUAAAAUGAUCGAUUUCUCUACAUCGAUUAUUUGAAAUAAAGCGACAAGGAGCGUGUAUGUACUUUCGUUUGAUGUUGCAAGUUUGCAUGGGUGGCUAGCGUUCUGCAGUGGAAAAAAGAACAGACCAACUUAUUUCUUGUCACUUCUAUCAAAAAGUUAGCAUUGAUUAAGAGAGACCGAUCGUUUUACUUACGUAAUUCCAUUUUUAAUUUGGAAGCUGAAUGUAUGCAUACUGGAGAAUUACAAUCAAUUUGAUUUUGUGUCCGGUGAUUUCAAAAACAAGUCUUUGAGUAUGUUUGCCUUUCCGCUUAAGACACUGCUAACUGGGAUCCAUACCCUCACUGUGACGAUUUUCAUAGAUUUCAAUUAUAACUUUUUCACAAUCAUGUCGCAUAUAACGAUCAUAAGUUGUAGGUAUGGAACGCGUGCACAACAUUUAUGAAAUCAAUAAGCGUGUUUUGAAACAGAAAAAUCAUCCGUUCAUAAGUUGCGACUUUUGAAAUUCCUAAGUGUUUUUGCCUCAGUGUAUAAACCACAUCAUGAACACUGCCGGAUUGUAGAAAGUCUCAACUUUGGGUGUUGCAUACACUGUUAUAUGUUCGUCUGUGUUAUAUGCUUUUGACUAUCUUAGUUAAAAAUCGCGAUCUCAAAAUUAGCGUACUAUCUGUUUCCAAAGUAAACAAAGCAGUUAUUGGAAUAGAGUUGAAUGAUAGAAAGAUCUCCCUAUGUUACCAGCAAAGUGUUUCAAGUUUAUAUCCUAAAUGUCAUUUAGUAUGAGUCAAAAGUUCAAAUUCAUCUCAUAAGACAGUUCAAAUUACAAACCUGUAUCAAAGUCCAAAUUUUCUAAGAUCCCUCACCAGCUUCUAUCAGUAACUAGUGUUCACUUAUAUUUUAGUUUGAGUAGUGAUUCAAAAGUGCUGCAUAGUCAAACACAAUAUAAGAACAUGAGACCAUUUAGAAUCAUUGACAUUUGAUAUUCAAGCUCCAGGCUGCAAUGAUAAACGUUAUAACGUAUAAGAAUAUAAUAUUUUCAAACCACAUACCGGCACCGGUAAUAUACUAUAUCUAAAACAUGUACAAAGUUUUAAUACAAACGAACAGACAUAGUCAAUCGAUAUAUUUGAAAUCAUGAUCACCAUAUAUAUUUAAGAACGCACUACUGCCAUCUGUCAAAUUUUAAACUGUUUAGAACUGUGUGAAUCACUGCCGGCCAUAACGAUAGCAUAGGCAAACAGACGCAACACUGGCGAAAUCUCCAUCGAUCACGCUUUUAACAAUCAUUUAAAAUCUUCAUAGUUGUGACCUUCACAACCAGCAUAUCGUUUUUCUUUGCGUCUAACGCUUCACAUUAGCGCCUUCUGCCGACCUUGUUGCUCUGUGUCGUAAAACAUUUCCACCAGGUGAUGAUAGUGUAAACUAGACGAUGGAUUUUGUCGAAAAUUGUUCAAGGUAUUCCGUCUGUUUGUCUGUGACGAUAGCUUCGUUGAUGUUUUCCUAAUACUUUUGACACACAUGUGACACUGGUAUUACAUAGCAUUACCGUUCUAUACAGAUCUCGAUACUGACUGUUUUCAUUCCUACUAGUCAUUCUUAUGACACAAGUAUCACAUGUCUAUUUCCGAAGUGUAACACGCGCACAAUCCAAGGGCUCGUUCAAAAACUCCUCUCUCUCUCUCUUCAUAUAGCGUUAUUUAAUUUGUGAACGGCUCCCUAACGCAAACAAUCUAUUAGGUAUCUAGGUACCAUCAUUGUACCAGUGGCCGCUUAUUUCCUUAAGAAUUAUGUAUUCACCGAAGUAAACGCGAUGAAUACACUUUUUUUUCCUGAAUGGGGCAUUCUUCGGCCCAUGUAGCUGUAGCGGGAAAUGCGCUGGUAUUCAGCAUGAUCUUGCUGAUCCGGGUAACGUGUUCGAUUCCCUUUCGGACUAGGAACAUUUCGUAAUGAGACUUGACCACCUCCUUAGGCAUACAGUAUCGUCGUAUCUGCCACACAAUGUGUAAAUGCAGAAUGGUUAAUUGAUUCAAAAUUUACUGAGUUAUAUGUAGCAGCUAGUGCCCAAAAUAGGUCCCCCUGUCCAAAUGGUCCAAGACCCUACCCAAUUUUUUUUCCUCCCCUGUUGGGGAAAUUAAGCCACUGCGUCCAAUAGGCUGAACUUUUGUGGCAUGUCCCGUUUUGAUAUUCGCAUCUAGCCAGCUAAUUAUCAUGUGUAAAGUAAUCAGCUACUGCCACGACGCGUCGUCUCCCAGUCAGGUGCAAUGGAAUUGAUAAACUCCAAAACCUUCCCAGGUUUUGCAGACCAGAUCUCACUGGGUUGCAAGCAAUCACUAUUUAGAAAUCUUUGCCUGCGCGUGUAUAAAGCACCACAAGGGAACGUCCAUAAAUUACGUCACGCUUUU